GACAUAUAGACCAGGAGAACCAAAAGACGGCGAGACGGAGGAAUUUUUCUACCUACGGUGAGAGCACAUCAGAAGACGCGAGAGCGAGGGAGAGAAAGGAGAUGGCUGGGACGCAUGUGAUGAAGAGGAUUCCUCGAAUUAAAUUCCCCCAGAGGCAUCCUAAGCCCCAAGGAUCAUCCACUUCAUCUGAUCAAAUUUUGUUCUCUCGAUCGAGUGCGGCGUCCCAACCACAAUCACCCCCAUCAUCUGGUGAGGUUCCAAAUUACAGAUUCAAAUCAGAUGUUCCUGCCCCGCCCAGCAACACUGCCAUAGGUGGGAAGGCUUCACUCUUGCCAAAGCGUACACCAGUCUCAGAGAAAGAAAUUGAGGCCAUAUUGCUGGGUGGCUGCUUUUGACACUGGAUGCUGUCUGUUAGCAUUGCGAAUAAGAUUACAUGCUGAUUCUGUAUGUUACUGGAGGUUGAUGAUUGAAUCUUGUGAAAGUAUAAAACAAAAGAUGGUUGAAGGCAUUUAUCAAAGGGGCACUCCAGAUUAUGGAGGUUUAAUGCAUUGUUGUUUCUUGACUGCUGAUCAGAACUGCAACUUUGUGUCGCAUUUGUUGUGUUUUUAAUUCUGCAGAAUUGUAAGAGGAAUUUGCUACUGCAUGUACUAAAAUAAACCAGUUAUAAUAGUUCUUUUAUUUGAAUUA